AUGUCCCAGCAGGAAACUUUAUAUGCGGAUAGCAUAUUGAUAUCUAAAAGUCCAUAUGAAGCUACUGAGACUAUAAGGAUUAGACUCUCUCAAGCCAAAUUGAUAAACAAGGACUUUUACCUGUUGUUUAAGGAGAUAAGUGACUUGAAAAGAAAUUAUGCCCAGCAAUUGCGUAAGAUAGUCGCAGAGAAUGAAAAUCUGAACAAGAUGUUGAUAAAUCAGAUGUUGGAAACUAAAGUUCUCACCGCCAAAGAGAUGGAAAAUUUCAAAUUUGAUUCUCUUGGUGACCUAAAGAUCGUUUGGGAUUCUGUCUUAAGUGAAUUGAAAUCCGAGUUGAAAGCUAGUACGGAUCUUUAUCACACUUUGAACACUGAAGUUAUUUUGGGACUUGAAAGAUCCAUGGAAAACGACGCUAAAUGGAGCGAGAGCAAGAGACUUCACUCCAAACUGAGUCAAAUCGCAGCUAUGAUAGACCAACAUUCCAAGAAUAACGACCGUGAGGGUAAACUAGAAGAAGCAAACAGGCAAUGGGAUUCUGAAGUACCUUCGUUAUUCGAAUUGUUUCAAGCUAUUGACCAUAACCGUCUAGAGAUCUUAAAGAAUACUUCAUUGCGUUAUCAAACGGGUGUUAGUGAUUACCUGUUGAAUGUGACUAAAAACAAUGAGACUGCGACGACAAAUCUCCUAGAAUUUGAGCCUCAGAAUGAAAUCAACCGAUUUGCUCGUGAAGCUGCUAAUUACAAAUUUCAAACUGUGACUGCCGAACAGGCCAACAAUGAGCCAAGUCCUAGUGCGAAGGAUAAGAGAAAGAGUACUCUUGGUAAUAUUGGGCAUCGCUUUACUUCAAACUCCACUGUGUUGCACCAUGAUAUGAUGGAUGGUGAGUUCUCUUCCAGCAAGAACAACAAUUCCCUAAAACAGAAAAAAUCUAGCAAUAAAUUGAGAUCAAAAGUGGGCUCGAUCUUCAGCAGAAACAAGAAGAAUAAAAAGACUGGUGACAAACAUACAGAGUCUGCGAUAGUUGAGGGAGGCGACUCGUCAAAUGAUGAAGGCUUUUCGGCUCGUAGUAGAUCUGCAACGGCAAGUACUCACCACAGCCAACCACCUCGUCGCCCAACUAUGCAAAGUAAGGAUUCUGAUUCAUUAUACCGUGCUCCUAACCAUCACAUAAAGGCACCUACCAAUAAGCAACUGCCACCAGUCGUAGCAGCUCCUGCUGAAACGCCUGUCAAGGAUGACGUCGUGAUUCCAGAAGCGGAACGCGAUUCUUCAAGUACUCCAAUGUCGAUAACUCAUCCACCUUUGCAACCGAAAUCCAAGACUAUGCCUUCGGAACCUGAAGUUGAAGUUCAACAAGUUUCCAAGACUGUGACUGACUCGAAUCUUACCAACAGUAGACACGUUGAUGCCAAAAACUUACACAUCCGUACUCCUGCUCUUCCACCCUCUAGAAAACACCACCCUGCUAACAGAAACUCUGAAGUUUUUCAAUCACAGACUCGAGCCUCUCGUAGUGGCAGCAAUUCUGUUCUCCAGGAUGGUACUACUCCACUAGGUGCUCAAAUUACUGGCAAUCUGGCGAUGUUGAAUCCACAAGCCACGGGCUCAUCGACCUCGCUAACAGGACAAAAUUUGUUUCAACACACAUCCCUCGAAUCGUCAGCGUUAGGUUUAAAUGCCAGUAUAGCUGAACUCAUCAAUGCCACUUUCAAAGAUGGGGUUCUGCAGGACUCGCAACUAAUCGGAGAGAUCGCUUUGAACUACGUUACAAACACGGCUAUGAACUCACCAUUGCCAAUAGAAAUCAAUUUGAAGAUCCCUAAGGCUGGUAGCUUCACGAAAGUCAUGCUGAACCAAGCGUUCCUUGAGAGGGUCGACGCGGAGGAUUUCAAGAUUAACCCUCAAUUUAUCGAUGGCAGAACCUUGGGAGCUAUCAAAUACUCGAUGAAGAACCCCGUAACGCCGAUCGUGAUACACCCUGUGUGGAGGUUUGAACCACACCAGGCAAGCGUAGUGUUGACUUUGAAAUUCUCACCUACAGUGCCACAGGAGGUGAACCAACUUGUUCUAGAAGAUCUUGUUGUGUUUGUAUCGAUUGAUGGUGCUGAGGCAACUAGUGCUCUUUCGAAGCCACAAGGUUCUUUCAGCAAGGAAAAGAAGAGAAUAAUUUGGAGAUUUAAGGAACCGGUAGUCUUGCAAAGAGGCGGAGAAGAACGUUUGAUCGCAAGAUUCCUCACUGAUCGCACGGCUCAUGAAUCUGAAAAAGGCGUGGAGGCCAAAUUCAUCAUUCACGAUGAAGGAGCUACAAAAACUGGUGUCGGUAGUGAUAUAGCACUGGAGUAUCAAGAACUUGAUGAGAAUAAUCCAUUUGGUGGAUCCUGGAACCUUGCAUCAACCACGAGAACCGUGGCUGCAGGGAAUUACCACGGAACUCUGUAA